AUGGCCGGCAGGACAUACCAGUCCGCUACUGAAAUACCCACCCCUCAAAAAGAGCAAGCCUCGUUCCACUUGGUUUCGGAAAAUGAGGACCCCCACGCCAGACGCGUGCUACCACAUCGCCGACCUACAUGGACAAUGCCUGCGGCCUUACUUCCUCCCGAUAGCGUGCAGGUCUUCGUCAAAUAUUACGCACGCGAAAUAAGCACAGCCUUCUAUCUGGGCAACGGCCCUGCGCAAACUCCGUACACACAACUUAUACUACCAAUGGCCACGAAUGUCCCCUGCAUUAGGUAUGCCGUGGGGGCGACGGCGUCUUGCCAUAUUGGGAACAGACUUCAGGACAACAAGUUGAAAAUGCAGAGUCUCCACUUGCGGCUGGAGGCCACGAGAGCGCUCAGACAGCAAUUGACAAAUGACAUCGAGAAAACAGACAUUUCUAGUAUUGCCUGUAUGGUGUUACUUGCCCAGCUCGAUCUCUGCUCUGGGGACUGUCUGGAGUUUGGAACACACAUAAAUGCAGCAAGUGAAAUUGUGAAACGGCAUGGCUCGGACGGAACUGAGCGAGGCUUUUUCCAACAACGUCUUGCAUGGCUAGAUAUCAUGGGUGCGACGACAUCGUCUCGGAUGCCGCACCUCAAGCCUGAGCAGAUCAAAGCCGCUUUGAACAAAUUCAAAUCCCCAUCCGGUCGCAAAUGGGGUUUCGACGUUUUUGACUGCCCUAUCGAUCUAUUUGAGUACAUUGCAGACAUUGCUGUAUGGCAUAAGCUGCACAUCUCUUCACAAAUCGAAUCCGAUGACGCCUUGAGAAAAGCCAUCGUCCUUGGCAAUGCCGUUAGGAUGUGGCAUGGAUCUGAUAUCCUGUCCGAGCAACGAAGAGACAUGGUCGAGAUCUGGAGACGUGGGAUCUUACUCUAUCUCGUUCGCUCCUUCCAGCUAUCGGAGGAGACAUUCCAUACUUCGGAUUUAUUAGAGGAUGUAUUUCGGCGGGCCGAAAGACUAUCUUCAGAAACGAAUCGGAAGUUCUCAACGUCAUGGCCGUUGUUUCAAGCAGGUUUAUGUCUACGCCAGGAAUCUUAUGAAUGGAAACAACAACUGCGAAAAGAAUUCACAAGUCAUUUUGCGACACUUGGAUGUUGCAAUCCGAAGCUUGCAAUAGAUGUAUUAGAACAGGUUUGGCAGACUGGUGAUACCCAGAUUCUUGAUUCGCAGACAUUACUGUUUUAG